CAGCUGAAGCUGAAAAUGCUUGUUUUGAGUAUGAUGAAUGAAAUAGAAAUUAUAGUUAUGGGUAAACCGUUUUAAUAGAGCGUUAAUAACCGCGGGAACUGUUCUAAUUUAGUUUUAGUACUUAAAGAAUUGUAAUUUCGUUGGUUGAUAAUUGUUUCUAAAAUGCUGAAAUUUGGAAGUAAAAGUGAUGUAAACGUUACCUUCAAGUGCACAGUUCGGUUGUUAGAAGAUACUGAAAUUGUUGAAUGUGAAUUUCAGCCGCAGCACAAAGGGAAGUAUCUAGUAGAACACGUUUGUCGGCAACUCAACCUGAUAGAGAAAGACUACUUCGGCCUGAGAUAUGUUGACUCUACCAAGCAGAGGCAUUGGCUAGAUCCAGCGAAACUGGUGCUGAAACAAGUAAAAGACAUGGACCCAAUUUUAUUUAGCUUCAGAGUGAAAUUCUACCCACCAGACCCUUUCAGACUGAAAGAAGAAAUAACUAGGUACCAAGUAUACCUGCAGCUGAAGAGAGAUUUGCUACACGGUCGGCUGUACUGUACAUCGAGUGAGGCAGCGUUGCUUGGUGCCUAUAUUGUUCAAGCGGAGCUUGGUGAUUACAAUCCCGAAGAACACGUGGAGAACUACCUGAGUGAGAUGAAGAUUCUGCUGAAACAGACCCAACUGAUAGAAGAGAAGAUCAUGGAGUUGCAUCAGACACAGAUGAAGGGGCAGACACCUGCGCAGACUGAGAGUAAUUUUCUGCGCAAGGCUUGCACACUGGACACCUACGGAGUGGACCCUCAUCCUGUUAAGGAUCAUAAAGGCAACCAACUCUACCUCGGUAUCAACCACUUGGGCAUUUUGACGUUCCAAGGCAGUCGGAAAACAAACCACUUCCGCUGGUCUGAGGUGACCAAGAUAAACUACGAGGGGAAGAUGUUCAUCAUACAUCUCGUCUAUCAAGAGGACCCAAGAACCAAAAAAAAGACAACAGUAGGAUUCAAAUGUCCCACGGGCUCUGCUUGUAGACAUGUCUGGAGAUGUGCCAUCGAGCAGAUGUUGUUUUUCACACUACCCAGCAGUGCUGACGCGCCCAGUGUUGUGACGGGAGGCAGCUUUUUCUCCUGGAGCAGCAGCAAGUUCCGUUACUCAGGUCGGGUGGAGAAGGAGAUCCUGGAGGACCCGGCGCUGCGCAGGGAUGAACCCAGCAUAACCCGGGGAAGCUUGCGACGCAAGGCCAACAGUGUUCCGGCCACCCCCUCUACACCAAUCACCAGUGACUUGGGCUAUAGCAGUCUGCCCAGAUCCAACCAUUCAGCAGACUGUAGGUUAGACUCCACCAUUGUCCCUGACAUCAUCACUCCAGACAGCACCAUACCAUUGGAGACUGUCUCUGAGGACCAGGAAGUUAAGCAGAGAGCAGCUGGUGAACGAGUCAACAAAUCCGUGUCCGAGCCCAAGCUUAACGGAAAGGUACUCGUGAAAGGUCUACACAAGGACUCAGAGUCGGUGAUGGGGAACUUCGGAGACUACUACUUCCGGGACUCGAUGGAUCACUCGUCGUCUGAGUCACAGCUGGUUGGUGCCUCUCAUAGGUCCAGUAGGAGUCCGACCCCUGUACUACGCGGAGGUCGUCUACCUCUCCCCCCCACUGCACCACUCUCUCGGCCCCCUCCCCCCGCACUGCCUCCGCGCACCGUCACGCGACGCUUCAAGUUCAUCAGGGUCUUUAUACCGUCGGUCGUCAUUGCUGCCAUUUCACUCGUCACAAUCGUAAUUCUCGCUCUGGAGACAGAGAUGCUGGGCGGAAGUUUACGACGUGCGCCAGAAAUGAUUGCUAUACGCAGACUCUACUACGAACCUACAAAAGAGUUUUUCAAGUCUAAGUUCUCUUCGAGAGCCACUUAGUGGAGUUUUGUGGUUUUGUAACAACUCAGCGGGUUCCACCGAUUGCUACCUCGAAUCACAGUUUUUAAAGUUAGAUCUUUUUAAAGUAAGAUUAAGUGAAUUUUUAAUGAGUUGACGUACGUGUUAUCAAAGUGAAUGUUGGUUAAUUCAAAUUUGUUUAUUCUCUGUUUUAAAAUGUUUACUUGUAAACAUUGAUAAAAUAUUAAUCAGCUUCAGUAGUGAUAUGAUGUCAAAGUUAAAACCAGUAGAAUGGCAAUCUUUUAGUUUGAUUUCCAAUUUUCUGCAUAAAUAAAAAAAAAUUAAUGACAAUUUUGGACAUAAGUCACAAAAUCUAUUUGUAUAACACUCCUAUUAACAUGUUCACUGCACAUGACAAGUAAUCUCGUCACCGCUGGCGCUUUCCAGUAGUGUGCGACAAGUAUACUCGUCAAACCGCCGUUUACAAACUAUUGUUCCAUCCAAGGUUAGCCACUGCCGCGAGGCGUUGUUUCACGUGCCGCUUAUUAUGCCUGUGUUAUACUUCAAUCUGUUAUAAUUUGUUUUCAGAUCAGACCAUUUUAUCGGAGGUAGGGAUUAUUAAAAAUCUAUUGUAGUGUGGGGUUUAGGCUUGGAUCUAAUGACAUGUAAUAGAAUAACGAUAAUGAAUGUACUGUAAGCACUGUGGAAGGAACCUAACCUCAAAAUUGUGUUUGACCACUUUUUUGCGUUCUUUAGUGUAUCCGGGUAUUUCAGCCCUGCUUUUUCCCUCCAUUUGGCAAUACCAGUAUUUGGCUGGCUAGCAGAGUAUUGUUUAGUGCUGCUAUCUGUUGGGUUCUUGUAAAGCUACGUUUACAAAGACUGGGACUUAGUAUAUGCCUCCCAUUUGGAUGAAACCAAAUUUAAACGUAUUCCCGCACUCAUCCACCCAGUGUUUAGCUGUUCGCGCCGCCGCAUUGAACGUGUUAACACCCCAGCUUUCAUUAAUCAAUCAUUGGGCUUAAUAAAUGGUCCUGCCUUUAAAAACAGCUGAUCUUAGUCUGUAUAAAGCUACACAAAGCAUCCCACUCCAUGUCACACUCACCGUACGUUUAUAUUUGAGUAAAAAUACGCCCAGUAGGGUUGCCAUGUCUAUCGGUAAAAAAUCUAUGUUCAUUGCUGAUUAUUUAAAAAUACAUUUUUAUAACACAUAAUUUACCUAAACUAAAGUAUAUUGUGCUGUCCUAAGGCUACGGCCACACGGGCUUUUUUUCACGCGGUAAAAUGUAGCUUAUUUUCACGCUGCUUGAAUUCCCGCUGUUGUAUGCCACACACGCGUUUUUUUCACGCAGUAAAAUGUAGCUUAUUUUCACGCUAGUUGAAGUCCAGGAACGGGAAAAUACACUCGGAACCCGCAGUUGAUUGACGA